ACAAACAGGUGGGUGCUACAUCCAAUAAGCAUAGGCCAGAGGUGCUCUUAAGCAUCCUAAAAUUCACAGGACAGUCCCCCAUAACAAAGACUUGCCAGCCCAAAAUGUCAAUAGGGCUGAGGUUGAGAAACUCUGGUACAGAGCCAGUAAAAUAUUUUCUACAAGGGAUGGGGGAGGGAGGGUAAAGCUUCGGGGGGCUGGUUAUGGAAGAGUUUACUAAAGAGAUAAUGAUUGGCUGGGGGGAGGGAAGAUCCCAGCAGAAGGGACAACAUGUGCAAAGCCACAGAAGCAUGGUGUAUUUGGGGAAUCCCAAACACUGGGGGAAGAGUUGUGGGCAUAAAGGCUGGACAGCUAGGCAGGAGCUAGACAUUCACGCAAAUAUAUUGUUAGAGGAAUUACUGUAAGAAAAGCUGUUUGUUUCUGUGAUGGCUAUUUAUGGGUCACUCAGGAGCACAGUCCAGCUACAUAUCUCUGUGAGCUAAAAUUGCUGAAGAAAGCUGUUUGAAAUGAGGCUUUUCUCAUAUUGCUUCCUUAGGGCCUGGGGUUUUCCAGGCGUUUGUUACUUUCUCAGAGAUAGAGUGGGGGCUGUUUCAAUGGAAUGUGAGCUCUGAGAGGUGGAAUAGCUCUCUGUUAAAGCCACUUAGCUAGUAUCUCAAUGCUAUGAUAGGAUCACGUACAGGGAUGUGGUGGUUAUUUCUCAUGCGUUAGGCUUAUAGGCAGAUGACGAUGUUUAUUUCCUCUUUUGUAGAGCAACCUAGUCCAGAAAUAGGGAUAUGUGAACCUUAAGAUUAGACUGCCACGUUGAAUCUAAAUGAGUUGCCUCCCCACUCACCCACAAAAAAGGGUAGGCACGUAGGCCAUUCCAAUCAGGGUUUCUCUUUUUCUUAAGCUAAUGAUCAAAGCAACUGACAAACUGUCACGGAAUCUGCCAGACCUCACUCUGGCCUUGCUCCUUCUCCCCAGCUUCUGAACUAUUCCUGCUUCUGUCAUGCUCUGAGCCCAUUCUUAGCAAACUACCAAGUCUCCGACUCCUGGUCUGCAGCGGUCCUGAGCCUGUUGAGCUCUGGUCCCAGUGCCUGCCUCUGCCCCCUGGUGGCCUGAUGAUAGAGCUUAAUGGAGGUAUCUUCCAACCCCUCCUCCAACAUCGACCCACGCAACUACGUUGAAGUGAAUGAUUUGAUCACCCAGAUACCUUCUAAAGUGCAGAUACAAGAUAUUACUACAGAGCUGCACUGCCCACUGUGUAAUGAUUGGUUCCAUGAUCCACUGAUGCUAAGCUGUGGCCACAACUUCUGCCAGGCCUGUAUCCAAAACUUUUGGAAGCAGCAAGCAAGGGAAACAUUCUGUCCUGAGUGUAAGAUGCUAUGUCAGUAUAGCCACUGUACAUUCAACCUUGUACUAGAGAAGCUAGUAGAGAAGAUUAAGAAGCUACCCCUACUCAAGGGCCAUCCACAGUGCCCAGAGCAUGGAGAGAACCUGAAACUGUUCAGUAAGCCAGAUGGGAAACUGAUCUGCUUCCAAUGCAAAGAUGCUCGGUUGUCUGUGGGGCAGUCUAGAGAGUUCAUGCAGAUUGCUGAUGCUGUCCACUUCUUUAUGGAGGAGCUUACCAUCCAUCAGGGUCAACUGGAGGCAACCCUGAAGGAGCUUCAGUCCCUGAGGAACAUGCAGAAAGAUGCUAUUGCUGCUUACAAGUUGUGUGAAUAUUGGUGGUGUGGGCCCCCAUCCCCAAGUGCUGGUCUCAGUAAUUACCAUGGUGAUGAUCAUGGAGGUUUCCAGGAAAACAAGCUACACCUGCAGCAACACGUCUCCUUGGAGUUUCUAAAGCUGCAUCAGUUCCUGCACAGCAAAGAAAAGGACAUUUUAAAUGAGCUCCGAGAAGAGGGAAAAGCCUUGAAUGAGGAGAUGGAGAUGAAUCUGAACCAGCUUCAGGAACAGUGUCUCCUAGCCAAGGAGAUGUUGGUGAGCAUCCAGGCACGGAUGGAAAAGCAGAACUCCUUCGACUUCCUCCAAGACAUCACACCUUUCUUGGAUAGCUUAGAGCAAGGAAUGAAGGUGCUGACACCCAGAGAGCUUAUCUCCAGAAAGCUGAACCUGGGCCUGUACAAAGGUCCCAUCCAGUACAUGAUGUGGAGGGAAAUGCAGUCUACUCUGUCUCCAGGCCUAUCUCCUUUAACUCUGGACCCUAAAACAGCUCACCCAAAUCUGGUGCUCUCCAAAAACCGAACCAGUGUGUGGCAUGGUGACAUUAAGCAGGUAAUGCCCGAUGAUCCAGAGAGGUUUGACUCAAGUGUGGCUGUGCUGGGCUCAAAAGGCUUCACAUCUGGAAAGUGGUACUGGGAAGUAGAAGUAGCAAAGAAGACAAAAUGGACAGUUGGAGUCGUCAGAGAAUCCAUCAUUCGGAAAGGCAGCUGUCCUCUAACUCCUGAGCAAGGAUUCUGGCUUUUAAGACUAAGGAACCAAACAGAUCUAAAGGCUCUGGAUUUGCCUUCUUGCAGUCUGAAACUGACUAACAACCUCGACAAGGUGGGCAUAUACCUGGAUUAUGAAGGAGGGCAGGUAUCCUUCUACAAUGCUAAAACCUUGACCCACAUUUACACCUUCGGUAGCACUUUCAUGGAGAAAAUUUAUCCCUACUUCUGCCCUUGCCUUAAUGAUGGUGGAGAGAAUAAAGAACCAUUGCAUAUCUCACAUCCACAGUAACUAGUCAUACUAUUGUAUAAAUUCAGAGAGUUAUUAAAGAGGUAUUGAAAUAGUUUA